AUGCCACCGAGACGUGAGAAUAGCCUGGCUAGAGAAAUUGUAGCAGCACUUGCAAAGUUGAAUCUUUUGAAUCCAGCACUUAGGGCUAAUAUGAAUGAUCGUGCCAUGGAAGCGAUGAAGGCGUUCUGCCAUAUGAAACCACCUCAGUUUGAUGGGGAAAGUAGUGAUCCUCUUGUGGUCGAUCAUUGGCUUUCACAAAUUCGUAAAAUCUUCAACGCUCUUAAGAUUAUGGAAGAUGACCUUCGAGUGAGUAUAGUAGCUUGUCAACUUAUCGGUGAGCCGAAUGAGUGGUGGGAAUUGGUUUUAGGAGUAAGAAGAGAUGCUAGGAAAGUGGCAAGGGCAGUUAAUCGAACAAAUGAGCCAGAUGUAGAGAACCUGACUUGGGUUGAGUUUGAAGUACUCUUCGAGAAUCAAUAUUUUCUAGAAACGUGUCGCGAGCAACUUAGAGAACAAUUUGAGAAGUUAGAGCAAGGAAAUAUGACUGCCUCCGAUUAUAUUGUAAAAUUUCAAUCUUUAUCACGUUUUGCACCAGAAUUGGUGGCAAUGGAGGCAAGGAAGUGUAGGCACUUUGAGAAGGGGUUGCAUUCGUCUAUCAAGCUGUUGGUAGCAAGUCAGCAUAUUAGGAAGUUUUCUGAAAUUGUCGAAUGUGCAAGGAGUGUUGAGAAUCCAAUGGGUGCAUAG